AUGUCUACCGACGAGUUGGCCACGCUGUUUGCCCAGCCGGCCCUUGCGGCCCCAGAAGGCGUCACCCCUAACUUCGACAAUCCUCCGAACCACAACAGCUUGGCUUGGGGCAUCAUUACGGUUUGCACCGUCGUUGCCACCCUGUGUAUGUGCUUGCGCGUCUACGUGCGGGUCUGGCUAGAUCGCACCAUUCGGCUCGAGGAUGUUUUGAUGGUCGGUGCCUUUGGUUCCUACUGGGGUACUGCCUAUGCCGGCUACGAGAUGAUCCAUACACCGGGUUAUUUCGUCCACCAAUGGAAUCUCCACAUGGGCGAUCUUGUCAGACCCCUCUAUCUGAUUUUGAUCUACGGCUGCUGCUACUCAGCCGUCCUUCCCCUGAUCAAGACUGCCAUUCUCCUCGAUUGGUGUCGGAUCUUCGUGCCGGUCGAUGGCGCCAAGACCCCUUUCUGGUGGGCAUGCAUGGCAGUUUCCGCACUGCAGUGUCUAUGGGGCUUGCUGUGCGUAAUCCUGCUGAACGCACAGUGUCGCCCGCAUCGAGCGAUUUGGGAGUUCUACCUUCCAAGCAAAUGCUAUUCCUUGCCAGACGUGAUGCUUUGCUCAGCUGCCGUGCAAGUCUUCUCUGACAUCACCAUGUUUUUGCUUCCGCAACGAAUGAUUUGGGGACUGCAGAUGAGCUGGCAGAAAAAGAUGGGUAUCUCUGUGAUUUUCGGUGCUGGUAUUCUGUUCGUAUUUCCACACCUCCUUUCCUUUUCAUCUCUCGCUUGCCUUCACAUUCCUACACCCACAUUCCGAUCAUCCUACCCAUACUAUACUAAUCCGAUCUUAACCAGCGCAUCUAUCGCGGCCUGCUUCCGCCUGGCCCAUACUGUCUCCUUCGCCAAAACAGCCGACCAGAUGUACAUGAUCGCGCCGCUGCUCUUCUGGGCCUUUGCCGAGAUGGCCUGCGGGUUCUUCAUCUUCAGUAUGCCUUGCCUCUCGAAGCUACUCAUGGACAGUGGCCUCCGCCGCAAGCUCAAAAUCAGCGACUACUGGCGCAGCCGCACCCGGUCGACGAUCCAGAACCCGCAGUUCCGUCCCGCGGCCGCGGGCCAGCAGGUCGCCAAGGCGUGGCGCACGUCCGAGAGCUCCUACUCUCGCCUCGAGGAGGGCGAGAUCGCUCUGACCAGUCCGGUCAAGGAUCAACAUAAUAGCAUCCAGGUUCUGCAGCGGACGGAUGUCACGGUGACGAGCACGCCGAGCCCAUCUUCGGAGACGGCGCUGGCGGACAGUUUGGGGAAGUGGAAGCGUUCGCAGGCGUGA